AUAUCGUAUACGUCACAGUAAACAAACUAAUCUAAUCUGUCAAUAAAACGCCUUUAUUAUUAAACCUAGUUUAAAACGUUAAAGUUGAACUUAUUUUGGUUAUAAAUUAUUGAUUUUGUGCUUUUGUUAUUUGGCAACGAGUUUUAGCAUGGGUGUUAACCCGUCCAAACCAGACAACAGAGACUCACACUCCUCCACCAACUCUGCAUAUUUAUCUUACGUGGCGAUAUUCAGUAAACUGGAACAGAAAGAGAGCAUUUUCCCGGCAAUCCAAGAAGAAAUCGAGUAUGCCAGCGCGAUACAUGACAGGAAACAACUUAAGUCGCUCGCUUGUGAACUGGCCGCGCAUAUCCUGGACUUAAACCAAUUAAAACACGUUAAACUAGAUAAAGAUGACCAGACAAGGCGGCUGGUUGCAACUGAGAAGUAUGAAAUGGCCUUGGGAAAGCUAAAAUCCAUAUUGUCUAUACCUGAAGUAACUGACACAAUAAGUGAUGAUAAGGAGACUGAUUCAUCAGUUGCACCUAAAAACCUUGAAGAUGAAGAGUUAUGUUGUCUCACGGCGCAGUAUGAUAAGCUAUGGAAUCAAAUAGUAAACACCCAAGUGAGCUUGGAUGAUUACUGCCAAAUAGACAGAGACUUGUUUUGCUUACAAGUGCGCUUAAGAGACUUUCAAAUCACACCAGAGAGUUCGUUAUUUGAUAUUAACAACGAAGUUAGCAAACUGAGAACAGUAGUGAAUAAGCGAAUUGAUAAUUUAGAAUUAUUCGAUCAUUUUUCUCAACAAAUUAAGACACUAGAGCUCCGCGUUGCCAUAGAAGAUGGAAACAAACAAGAGCUGAGUCAUUUGGAUGAAGCAACUCGGAGCUUAGAAAAUGACAUAGAAGAUACCAAUUGGGAAGAUGGUCUGAUUGAGAGAAAAACUGAACUGUUAUGUUCUUUAAAUAAGGUUAAACAAAACAUCAAGGCUUCAGAUAUAAAGAAAGAUAUAAAAGUUGAUAAGUACUGUGAAGCUGAUACAUUUGAAGAAAUAUAUGGUAAUAUAGAUAUUAUUAGAAAAUGUACCCCCGACAUAUCGAUAAAUCAUGAAGCGGAUAAUUUACCGCCUCCUCUUCCAAGAAGAAAAAUGAAAACAGCGCCAGCUGGUUCCAACGAAAGAGGCACAAUUUAUAUAAACAACGAUAUCCUCCAAGUGUCUGAUCAUAUACCAAGUAUUUUAAAAGUGAAGUCCAGACCACCACAACCAUUACCAAGAAGAAGUGAGGAGAAGGUAAUCAACAAUUUACCGAAAUACUGGAUGAGACUGGAUGAAUUAGUGCAGCAAGAAUUCGCGACUGAAGAGGAUAAACUUGAGAUAUUGCAAAUCAGGAAGCACGCCGAGGAGGCCAGAAUGAUGUUCGAAAGACGAUUGGCUGAACUUGCCGAUAAAUUUCAAGAAAGUAUUGAUAUUUGAGUGAAGUGUGAUACAAUUAUAUAUUAAAUAUAAUUAUUUAUUAUUAAA